AUGCCACCACCCUCCUUUACCCGCAUCAACGAAGUCGUCUCUGUCCAGUAUGCCACUCCAAAAGAUGGCCAAUUGCCUUCAGCCGGGAGGCACCUGAAUGCGAGCGCACAAGGAGCCGACGAUGCUGCCUCCUCGCCCAAGACCAUCCUGUUCCUAUCUUGGGCGGACGCUGACGCGCGCCACAUUGAAAAAUACACCAGGCUGUACAACGAGCUCUACCCGCGCGCCGACAUCAUCCUCGUCGAGAGCAGCAUGGUCGAGUUCUUCCUGCGUCCCGCCGCUGUCAAGCGGCGCCUCGUCCAGCCCGUCGUCCAGAUGCUCCUCCUCCGCGACGAAGCCGCCCUCCACGUGCACAUCAUGUCCAACGGCGCCUCCAAGCAGUGGUGCACCAUCGACGACAUGCUCCGCGCCGGCGGCGGCGGCCGCUGCUCCUCGCUGGCCGCCGUGCCCACCGUGCUCGACAGCACCCCCGGCUGCGGGGGCUUCCGCCGGACCUGGGCCGCCGUGGUCGGAGGCUUGCCGCGGGCUGCGGUGCCGCGGGCUGCGGUGCCGCGGGCGGUGCUGGUAGUGGUACUCGGCCCGAUAUUUUGCGCGCUGGAGGUGGCGCGGCGCGUGCUGCCGGGGCCGGACGCACUGGAGGUGGUGCGGCGGCGGCUCAACGCGCCGCCGCCGCCGGGGGACGGGAAAGGAUGCGGCCGGCGGUGUUAUAUCUACUCGGAGGAGGACGAGAUGAUCGGGUGGGAGGACGUGGAGGAACACGCGAGGGAGGCGGGGAGAAAGGGCUGGAGCGUAGAGCUGGUCAAGGUGGAUGGGAGCGGGCAUGUUGGGCACUUGAGGAGGGACCCGGACGGGUACAAGGCGGCGGUCGAGAGGACCUGGCGGGCGAGGGCAAAGCUGUGA